CAUUUGUAGGAGGGAAAUUCAAAUCCAAGCCUGAAGCUUCAGUUUUGAAGUCAUCCAAAAAAGAAUGAAGGAUGAUUGGUUCGAAUUGAGGUUGGAGAAGGGAGUAGAGGAAGCAAUUUCUCGAACACGAUUCGCGCCCUCAUCCAACAAUCUUCUCAUAUCUUCUUGGGAUUCUACUCUUCGCCUCUAUGAUGUCGACGCAUCGCUCCUCCGACUCGAAGCUCCUUCGCAGUCUCCUCUUCUCGAUUGCUGCUUCCAGGAUGACGUGGUUGCUUUUGCCGUCUCCUCCGACGGAUUAAUCCGAAGGUAUGACUUGCAUUCAGGACUUAUUGAUACAGUGGGUUGUCACAAUGAUAUGGCAACAUGUAUUGGAUAUUCCAAUGAAACUUGUCAGUUGGUCACAUCUGGAUUUGACAAGAAGUUGUUGUUAUGGGACAUGCAUAUGGAGAAGGCUUCUUCGUGGUUGAGAAGUCUAGAGGCAGAGGUGAACUCCAUGUCUGUAUGUGGGUUUAAUCUUGUUGUAUCGAUUGGAGAAUCAGUGCAUGUUUAUGAUUUACGUAACUUUGAUAAACCAGUUUUGUCAAAGGAAGCGUUCAAUGGAACACACUCAAGAUGUGUCAGUUCAAUUCCAAAUGCAGAAGGGUUUGCCGUUGGGUCUGUUGAUGGACGAGUAUCACUGCAGAUUUCCUAUCCAUCCAGUUCAGAUGACAUUGGAUAUAUAUUCCGGUGUCAUCCAAAAUCAAAGGAUGGACGGCAUUACUUUGUAUCAGUGAAUGACAUUGCAUUCAGUCCACUUGUAUGUGGUGCUUUUGUCACUGGUGACAAUGAAGGUUAUGUUACCAUGUGGGAUGCUGGAAGUAAGAGAAGACUAGUCGAGCUGCCGAGGUACUCAAAUAGUGUAGCAUCCUUGUCAUACAACCACGUGGGAGAGCUUCUGGCUGUAGCAUCAAGCUAUACUUACCAAGAAGCAAAUGAAAUAGAAAAACCACCUCGUAUAUUCAUCCAUAAAAUGGACGACGUUGACACGGCAUCAAUUUCUGCUAGAAGAAAGAGUUAAGCAUUUAUGGCUAUGCUUGCCAUCGAAGGGAAUGAUCGUAUUGAAAAGGAAAGUAGUUUAGGCAUGCUUUUCUUUUAGUCUUACUUGGGACUUUUGACUAAAUGGGUUUUGCCAUAAUGAGUCAAAUGUGAAGUAAAUUAAAAGAUUUGUGUUGGCAAGUGGAGGAGCGGUGAAGAAAAUAUAUUACAUAGUUUUGAAUUCUGUAGAAAAGGAUAAAGUCAAGAAAAAUAUUGAUAAUAAAUAAUCCUUAAAAUAUUGUUUUCUUAUUCGUGUUUUGAUAACUUUACAUUCAUGUAACCGACUUUAUCUAGUUAGAUAGUGAUGCUCUUGAUGUAAAAUGUAUCAUGACUUUAGAAAAGUUAAUUAUUAUUAAUUCUGUUUGAAAGGAAUAUGCAUCAAUACUGGAAAGUGACAAAUUCAUUACAAUCGAAGAUCUCCACAUUUCACGCCCGUUCACACUCACCAAUGAAG